GCACGCAAGAGGAAAGCUGAAAUUCUAGCCAUCCUGUCCAAAUUCAAAGAUAAACCCAAAAAAGGGCUCUUGCUGGCCCAAAAAUCAGGAGUUGUGGGCCAAAAGCCGAUUGAGGUGGCCGAGUGGUUCCAGAGCGAGGACAGAUUGAACAAGGCUGCGUUGGGUGAAUAUCUGGGUGACCCUGAUCCGUUUAAUCUAGAAGUGAUGUACGCCUAUGUGGAUGGCCUGAAUUUCACCGGCAAGCACUUUGUGGAUGCGUUGCGGUUAUUCCUGGAUGGCUUCCGAUUACCCGGCGAGGCCCAGAAGAUCGACCGAUUGAUGGAGAAGUUUGCGGCACGCUACUGCGAAUGCAACCCAACCACACAGGAGGACAAUGUGUUUGAGAACGCAGAUACGGCUUAUGUACUGGCGUAUAGUAUUAUCAUGCUCACCAGUGAUCUGCACAACACAAAC